AUGGAUUACGAUAACUACGGGCAAAGCUCCCAGCAGCCCAAGCAAAGGCGCAAGAGAGUAGGAAAGAGGAGGCAGCAUAACAAACCCCCGAUUCCUGCUCGUCUUGCUCUCGACCCACAGCUUCGCGGCAAUGUUGGUGUUUUAUCGGAUGAUAUAGCGAACGACCUAUUCUCUCAGCAGUCUCUCCUGGAUGCUGCGACCGGAGAUGGAGUUCUUUACGUGGCAGUUUCCCCGCACACGCCCACUUAUACCUCUGUAGAGGACUCGGCCUGGACUAUUCUCCCAGUUCGCAUUCAACCUGCAAGAUCGCAGACCCCGACAUCUCAGUCGACUAUACUUUUUCCCGAAUUGGCCGAUUCACUCCAAUCUUUUCUUUUGGCACUUGGGAAGGUCGACUCCGCACGUCAAUCGUUGCAGACACACCGCAGUGUAGAAAUCCGGAUCCUCGAUGUUGCCCCAUUGCAUCUAGACACUGUAUUUGUGACCGUGGAGAGACAUUUGCUGCGAAACAAUGACGAUGUUCAAAGUAAAUUUGGUGGUGGUUUCCAGAAUUCCGGGCCGAAUGGAAUGUGGCCCAAAACUGGAAAGGGCCCAGAGAGCAAGAGAUACUCAAAGAGAGAGGCGGCUGAUAUAGAGCAACGAUUGACCGCAGCUGUGCGCGAGGCAUUAGCUACACAGCGCAUCGUUCAUACUGGGGAUGUAUUGCCUCUUCCUCUACCAGCACACCCUAUCACUUAUGCGCCCGCUCCACCCGCCCGUAUUUCUUUCUGCGAGCCGGUUUCUCAGGGACUCUUGAUGCCCGCCACAAAAGUUGUGCUUGUUCAAGCCCGCUCACAAGCCACUCGCAGCCAGCAGAUAAUGCCUCCUAGAUCGGCCUUAUUGAGACAAGUCGCUGAAGACGAGGCCGAUGACACCUCCAAUGAACAAUUUUAUUCCGCUGCCGAGGAUAAGCCUGGGGAGAGUGCGACGGAUAUGGAGACCACAUCAGCCGCCGAAGACUCAGAGACUGAAGGGUCUUGUGGCUCUGUUAGUGAUUCAUCUGACGAUUCUCUGGAAGAUAUGAUAUCACUAUCGGCCCCUGAGCUGCCGCAGCCACCAUCGGGUGUGAUGUCUUCAAUUACAUCUGCGACUCCCCGCGCAGGCGGGCGGCGAACUGAUGGAAUUCACACUCCCGGGUCGGUGGCUUCUAACUUCACAUCGGCGACUAUGCGCCCUGGUCGUGGUGGUGGGAAGGUUUUCAAGGUUGAAGGGCUUUUGCAGCCAGUUCCGAAUGAAGUUUUGCACCCGCGCCCUCGCGACGAUGAAGAUGUGGACUCUUUUGUGUUCGUUGACAUCAAUACAUUGGCCAAGAUUGGCUGUUUCUCUGGAGACUGGGUCCGAAUUGAAGCUACAGAAGAGCCCCAGCUGAAUAUGUUUGCAUCUCUUAAAUUCGGAAGCUUUAACGAGUCCCCCGAGGAUUCUGGUGACUGGCGCCCCGUCAAGGUAUUUGGCCUACCAGGACUGCCAUCGUCGAAACCUCGAUAUGCCAUCAACCACUCGGGCGAACGCCGGUCAAGCUUCUCGCAACGCCCGCAGACACGGUUGACGCCUUCCAUUUUCGUGCCGCCUCUGUUGCUCGGAAAUAUUGAUAAUCCCAAGUAUUUACGCAUCUCUCCCAUGUCAUUUCCCGCCAUGAAUGCCGCGAAGUCUGGUCUUUUGCAUCACAUGAAGAAUACUGCAGCAAAGAACCCACCUUUGGCGAAAGAAGUUACUUUGCUUAAAGUCUCGACUCCACUAUCGAUGGACCGGGUUCUUCAACCGGCUCUCUUUGCUGGGCUUAAGCAGUAUUUUGAAUCUCGCCGACGGAUUCUGAAGAGCGGUGAUUUGGUUGGUAUCAGUGUUGAUGAAGGGCUAGGUAGAGCUGUGUUCUCUGGAACUGCUGGUGGUGAUGCGGCAAACCAGGAGGAUGAUAUCACAUCCAGGCUAGGCCAAAACUCCAACCCCGACAACUCUGCAGCUCGCAAGGUUGGUGUUGCUUGGUUCCGAGUUGGACAAGUGGCGCCAAUCGCGGCUGAAGAGUUCGAAGAGACCGAGGAGGACCAAUGGGGUGGCGUUGCGGUCAUUGACCCUUCCAGUACUCGAAUGGUGCAAGCUGGCAGCGAUGUUAGCCGUAUUCCUGGAAUUCUUGGUAAUGGAUGGGAAUAUUGGCUUGGGGUCAAAACUAUCCCGAAGUCAGUCGAUGAGGCUCCAGCAGCUCACGGAAUUUCUACAGACCCUCCCCAGGCCUUCAUUCCUCCUUUGCAGCAACGCAUCCGUGACCUGAUGUCCGCAGCCACAAGCCCGCGUGCCAUUCAGCUGGGCAUGAAGCCCGUGAUAAUUCUUCUGAGCUCCCAACAGAGACACAUCGGUAAAGCAACAAUAGCCACUCGGGCUUGCGCGGAUAUUGGACUCCACACUUUCCCCAUUGAUUCUUAUGACAUUCUUACUGAAGGUGGUGCAAAUGGUGGCGAUGUCAAGACUGAGGCAUACCUAAAAGCACGCGCAGAGCGAGCUUUCCACUGCGGAUCAAACUGUACCGCUUUGCUCAUCAGGCAUAUCGAGGUUCUGACGGCAGACCGGAUGGUCACUGCUAUGACUGAUAUCGCCAACGAAGCCAGAGUUAUUAUUGCCACAACUACUGAUGUCGAGCAAAUUCCGGAAGGAAUUCGCAGUAUAUUCACUCAUGAGUUUGAGAUGGGAGCGCCCGAAGAGAAAGAGCGUGAAGGAAUUCUCCGUAAUGCAGUUGCAGAACGUGGUAUCAAGCUGUCCUCCGAUGUGGAGUUGGGAACAGUUGCGCUGAAGACCGCAGCAUUGGUUGCUGGGGAUUUGGUUGAUGUAGUAGAACGAGCUGCCGCUGCUAGAACUGCCCGCCUUGAGGGCCUUGCGGAGAGUGCAAGCAAGCAGCUCCCUGGAUCUCAAGUCUGUGUUCGAGAUGUGUUGCUAUCUGGAGGAGACGGAGCCCGAGGUGUCACUAAGAUUGACUUUGAUACAGCCGUUGAGGCUGCCCGAAAGAACUUCGCUGACUCCAUCGGCGCGCCCAAGAUUCCUAACGUCAGCUGGGAUGACGUUGGUGGACUAAGCAACGUAAAGGAUGCCUUGGUUGAGACUAUCCAGCUGCCCCUCGAGCGGCCGGAGUUGUUCGCCAAGGGCAUGAAGAAGCGGAGUGGCAUUCUGUUCUACGGCCCCCCUGGUACUGGCAAGACCCUGCUGGCCAAGGCCAUUGCUACCGAGUUCUCCCUCAAUUUCUUCUCGGUCAAGGGCCCAGAGUUGCUGAAUAUGUACAUUGGUGAGUCUGAAGCCAACGUUCGCCGGGUUUUCCAGCGCGCCCGAGAUGCCCGCCCCUGCGUUGUCUUCUUCGAUGAGUUGGAUUCGGUAGCACCUAAGCGUGGAAACCAGGGUGACAGCGGCGGUGUCAUGGAUCGCAUCGUGAGUCAGUUGCUCGCGGAGCUUGAUGGAAUGAACGGCGGUGAGGAGAAUAGCGGCGGGGUGUUCGUGAUCGGAGCGACGAACCGGCCUGAUCUGCUCGAUACUGCUCUUCUUCGACCUGGUCGAUUUGACAAGAUGCUUUACCUGGGCGUGUCAGAUACGCACAGGAAGCAAGCUACGAUCCUCGAGGCACUUACUAGGAAAUUUGACCUCAAUCCCAAUGUGUCUCUUGAUCGAGUGGCGGAGCAGCUUCCUCUGACCUACACCGGCGCCGAUUUGUAUGCUCUUUGCUCAGAUGCCAUGCUGAAAGCCAUCACAAGAAAAUCAACAGCCGUCGAUGAUAAAAUCAAGCAACUACCCGGUGGUCCAGUCACCACGGCGUACUUUUUUGAUCAUCUUGCAACCCCAGAGGAUGUGAGUGUCAAUGUGACGGAAGAGGACUUCGUGGCGGCGCAAGGAGAGCUUGUGCCUUCUGUUAGCGCCAAGGAACUCGAACAUUUUGAGCGAAUUCGCCAAUCCUUCGAGUCAGUCGACAAGCAAAAACAAGAUCCGGCAGCAGCCGCUCCCCAGACCAUUGCAGAUGCCAUGGAGGCAUUCAACCUAGCAGGAUCUGAGUCUCCGAACGAUUUCUCGUUAAGCAAUGGGGAUGGCAAUUACCCAGGGAGUAUUCAUGGUCGCAUCAAAGGGUUGAAGCAGUGGCCGGGAGGAAUGGUCCGCAGUGCUAGCGGUCAGUCCACAACGAGCAGUAAAGGCAAAGGAAAGAACGCGUCUGGAAGGAAGGGCAAGGGCCCGAGCGGUGCGGAGUCUGAUGCUUCGAUAGAAGGUGAUGAAGAAGAUGUGCAAUAUGGUGGGGGAAACGAUGAGGAUGACGAUUAUAUUGUCCGAACUGACCAUCUUGCAAAUCCCAUGGAAGAGGUGGAGUAG